UUCGGCCCUCUCUGCCCUUCGAGUUGUGGCGUCUGUCCCUCUGCUCUGCCGUCACCGCCUGGACAGGGGCUGGGGAGCCGGGCUGGGGGCAGGGGCGGGAGCCACGUUCCGAGUACCUGAGGGGCUCUGGAGAAGCCAUGCAGCUGAGCAGCAAGAAGAAGCUGCAUGCCCUGUCUCUGGCUGAGAAAAUCCAGGUACUGGAACUCCUGGAUGAGUCCAAGAUGUCCCAGUCAGAGGUGGCCCGGCGCUUCCAGGUCUCCCAGCCCCAGAUCUCACGCAUCUGCAAGAACAAGGAGAAGCUGCUGGCAGACUGGUGCAGCGGCACAGCCAACCGGGAGCGCAAGCGCAAGCGGGAGUCUAAGUACAGCAGCAUUGACGAGGCUCUGCUCUGCUGGUACCACAUUGCCCGGGCCAAAGCCUGGGAUGUGACGGGGCCCAUGCUGCUCCAGAAAGCCAAGGAGCUAGCUGACAUCAUGGGCCAGGAUUUUGUGCCCAGCAUUGGCUGGCUGGUACGCUGGAAACGCCGGAACAAUGUAGGCUUUGGGGCCCGCCAUGUUCUUGUGCCUCCAUUGCCCCCUGAGCCACCAUCCCCAGGGCUCAUGGCCCAGGCCCAGCUGCCUCUUUCCCUUAAAGACUUCUCCCCAGAGGACGUUUUUGGCUGUGCUGCAGUGCCCUUGCUAUAUCGGGCAGUGCCUGGCAGCAUGGGUGCAUGUGAUCGAGUACAGGUGCUGCUGUGUGCCAAUAGCAGGGGCACAGAGAAGCGGCGGGUGUUGGUGGGAGGGCUCCAAGUUGCACCAACAUUCUUCUUUGGGGUCAGCAGUGAGGCUCUGCCUGCCUCCUACCACCCUGAGCUGGGCAUCCCCUGGUCUGAGUGGUUGGCACAGUUUGACAAGGACAUGGGGCAGCAGGGCCGACAGGUAGCCUUGCUGCUGGCUGCCCAAGUGGUAGAGGAGUUGGCAGGCCUGCCUGGGCUCUACCACGUGAGGCUCUUGCCCUUGUCUGCCUCUAGCACCACUCCUCCCCUGCCCAGCUCCGUGGUCGGGGCCUUUAAGGCCCAUUACCGGCACCGUCUGUUGGGCAAGCUGGCUGCCAUCCAGAGCAAGAGGGAUGGCACCUCACUGAAUGAGGCCAGGGCAGGCCUCACAGUGCUAGAUGCUCUGCACAUGGCAGCAGCAGCCUGGGCCAAGGUGCCUCCUCAGCUCAUUUUGAGCAGCUUCAUUCAGGAAGGGCUGGCUCCUGGCAAAACACCUCUGUCCCUGGACAGAGGCUCUGAGAUGCCACCAGUCCCCAGUGGGCUGAACCGAGAGGAGUUUUUACGCUUUGUGGACCUGGAGGGUGAGGAGCCAGGGCCUGGUGCAUGCAAAGAGGAGACAAGCACUGAAGACAAGGAGGGUGGCAGAAAGGAAGGCUUUGAGCCUCUGCCCACUAAAGCCGAUGCCCUCCAGGCCCUGGGCACAUUGAGGAGGUGGUUUGAGUGCAACAGCACUUCCCCUGAACUCUUUGAAAAAUUCUACGACUGCGAGGAGGUGGUGGAGCAACUCUGCUGCUUGUGAACAUGCCUUCAAUGCGUAGCCCCCUCCUCUUUUGUUUCCCAUGGAAACAUCCUCUCUAGAAGGCACACUGAGCUGUCUUUUUCCUGUGGAAAUACAGCUAUCGUAGAAGGGAGAGAAGUUGGGACACCAAAUCUGAGCUUAAAGUGGAAAUUGUCCAAGCUCUGAGAAGAGGGCUCUAAAGAUGCGGCCUUGGGGCUAGGAAACUAGGAUAUAUAGUUUCUAAACCCUGCUUGAAAGUUUUAGAGUCUUGGGGGUUAAUCUAGAUAGGCCAAGGCUUGGAAAGGUAGAUUUGGGCUUUAUAGACAGGCUGAUCCCUUGAACUCUAUGUUAAAAGCAGUUCUGGAGCGGUGCCUGUGGCUCAGUCGGUAAGGUACCAGCCCCAUAUACCAAGGGUGGCAGGUUCAAACCCAGCCCCAGCCAAACUGCAACAAUAAAAAAAAUAGCUGGGUGUGUGGUGGGCUCCUGUAGUCCCAGCUACUCAGGAGGCUGAGGCAAGAGAAUGGCCUAAGCCCAGGAGUUUGAGGUUGCUGUGAGCUGUGUGAUGCCAUGGCACUCUACCGAGGGCCAUAAAGUAAGACUCUGUCUUUACAA